AUGGCGAUUUAUACUGAGGAAGAAUUAUUACAGUUAAAACCAGCACAAAAUGGAACUGUGAACUUUGACGUCGACGCUUUCAAGACAAUGAUUGCUGAAGUCGCAGAACAUCAUGAAAUUGCAGACCUUUUCCAUCAAAAAGCCCGUAGAAGAUCAUCACAUCAUCAAGUUGUUAGGCCAAAGCUCAAGGGUCAUAAACCAAAAAUUACUACAGAUGAAGAAGGUUGGAGUACCACCACCAGGAAAGCAUCCUUAGCAGCAGGCGAAGAGGAAGAGCAACAACAACCUACAUUUGUUGCUCAAGAAACUAUAAAAAUCAAACCUAAUACUAAGAAUAUUGCUUCAUCCAGACCUGCUGAUGUUAGAGAUAUUGUUGUAGACAAACCAACUAUGUCCUUUAAUGCGUUUGCAGCCUUGGAAAGUGACGAGGAGGAGAAGGUCUAA